AUGGCAACUUCCGUUUCCUCUGCUUUUCCUCCAAAAAAGAAAAAACGCGAUACAAUCUUAACACUCUCAUUCUUGCUUCUUUUCCUUCUCAGCGUAUUCUUCUUCUUCUUCAGCAGAAGAGCUCUUCAGCCCCCAUUCUCUUUCUACACAGAUCUCUACUCUCAAACACCCUUUCCACUUCUUCAAACUCCUCCUAGAUCCACUCAGGUUUAUGAAAAUUUUGAUGAAAUUACACGACCCAUUGAGUCCAAAUCUGAUCUUGAUGAAAAUUCCAAUGAAAAAUCUGGAAGUUCGUUUUAUGACAAAAUUGCUGAAAAAACAACAGGGCCCACCUCGUCGGCUGAAGAAAAAACAAGGCCCAUUUCAUCAAAAUCUGAUCUCGAUGAAAAUUCCAACGAAGGAAAUAUACCUGAAUUUGGAGAUAAAAUUACAGGAAAAACAACUGUGCCCACUUCAUCAAAAUCUGUAAUGGAGUCUGAUUUCCAAGAUAAAAUUUCUGAAAAAACAACCGUGCCCAGAUCAUCAGACGAAGUAAAAUCAGAACUGGUUUCAUCAAAAACUGAUUUUGAUGAAGAAACUAAUGAGAGGACGAUUCCACAACCAUUCUUGUCAAUAAAUGAAUUUCAAGGUAAUCUUUCCAACGAAGAAACAACCGAACACAUUUCAUCGAAAUUCGACAUUGAUGACAAAACCAGUGGAAAAUCAACAUAUCCUGUUUCUAGAGAGACAUCUUCUGACAUUCCCAGCUCAUCAGGCUCUAAAGGUGACAACGAUAGAAGCAAUGCCAUAGCACAAAGGUUGCAGAGUUGCGAUUUUUACAAGGGAUCGUGGGUUAAGGAUGAGAAUUAUCCACUAUACCGAGCAGGGUCUUGUCCAUAUGUUGAUGAAGCUUUUGAUUGCCAGAACAAUGGCAGACCUGACUAUGAAUAUCUGAAAUGGAGAUGGAAACCAGAUGAAUGCGAUCUUCCCAGGUUCAAUGCUACAGACUUCUUGGUGAGAUUGAGUGGGAAGAGACUGAUGCUAGUAGGAGACUCCAUGAAUCGAAACCAGUUUGAGUCACUUCUUUGUCUUCUGCGUGAAGCCCUACCUGAUAAGAGCAAAAUGUAUGAAACACACGGGUACAAAAUAACCAAAGGAAGAGGAUAUUAUAUUUUCAAAUUUGAGGAUUACAAUUGCACGGUAGAGUUUGUACGCUCGCACUUCCUUGUUAGGGAAGGACUUCGUAUCAAUGGACAAGGAAAUUCAAAUCCCACUCUAUCUAUAGACCGCAUUGACAAGUCUGCUGGUCGUUGGAAGAGAGCUGACAUUCUUGUCUUUAAUACAGGGCACUGGUGGACUCAUGGAAAGACUGCUAGGGGGAAAAAUUACUAUAAAGAGGGUAACUAUAUAUAUCCCAAGUUUGAUGCAGUGGAAGCAUAUAGAAGAGCCAUCAAGACAUGGGCUCAGUGGACUCGUGAAAAUGCAAACCAUGGGAAGUUGAUGUUUUAUCGUGGGUACUCAUCUGCCCAUUUCAGAGGUGGUGAUUGGGAUUCAGGUGGAUCGUGUAACGGAGAAACUGAACCUGUCUUACGUGGGCCUAUCCUUGACAGCUAUCCUAUAAAGAUGACAAUUUUGGAAGAAGUUAUCAAGGAGAUGCAAGCACCUGUGGUGUUUUUGAAUGUUACAAAGUUAACCAAUUUUCGCAAAGACGGUCACCCUUCAGUUUAUGGGAAGAAUGUGACUGCUGGGAAGAAGGUCUCUACCAAACGACAAGAUUGCAGCCAUUGGUGUCUUCCUGGGGUACCCGAUGCCUGGAAUGAGCUUAUAUAUGCAAACUUGGUUGCAAAACAAGUUCAUUCCCAUGACAUAUACUGA